AUGGGCGUCAUCUCGAGAGGGGCCCAGGUGGCCCUGCGCAUCUUCCAGCUGAUCGGCUCCGUCAUCGUUUUGGGCAUCCUCGGCCACUUCCUCCAUGAGCUGUCCAAGGGCGGGGCCGCACGCGACGGCCGGGCCAUCUAUGGCGUCGUUGUCGCCUCCAUCAGCACGCUCUUCGUGCUCGUGUUCAUGGCUCCGUUCAUGUACUCGUUCCACGCGUUCCCGGGCGACUUUGCUCUCUUCGUCAUGUGGCUGAUUCUGUUUUGCCUGCUCAUCACGGUACGUUGUGUUCGCCAGCCAGCGAAGGGUCAACAGUUAGGUACCCGAACUGACAGGUUUCCUUCCCCAGCGCACUGGCGUGCACACAUGUGGUUCCCCCUGGUUCUACAACUACUGGGGAUACUACUGGGGCGGGUGGUGGAGGGGUCCGUUCUUCCCGGUCUUCGAGAACUCCGGAUGCGGCAGCUGGCGGACCGCGCUCGCAUUUUCAUUCAUGGUGAUGUUUGCGUUCCUCGUCACCACCAUCCUGGUAUGUCGACCGUCAGGGUACCGGUAGCGAUGAGGAACAGUCGACUGACCCGGGGUUGUCGGGUUGUCUAG